AUGCCAGAUUCCAACACAACCGACUUCACCAACCCGUCCACUUUCAUCCUGCUGGGCAUCCCUGGUCUGGAGGCGGCCCACGUUUGGAUCGCCAUCCCCUUCUGCGCCAUGUACGCCAUCGCCCUCUUGGGGAACUUCACCAUCCUGUUCAUCAUAAAGAGGGAGCUGAGCCUUCAUGGGCCCAUGUACUAUUUCCUCUGCAUGCUGGCCGUCAUUGAUUUGGUCGUGUGUACAUCCACUGUUCCCAAAAUGCUGCGCAUCUUCUGGUUCAAUUCAAGGGAGAUCAAUUUCAGUGCCUGCCUCACCCAGCUGUUCUUCAUUCAUAGCUUCUCAGGGAUGGAGUCUGGGAUAUUGGUGGCCAUGGCUUUCGAUCGCUACGUGGCCAUUUGUGAUCCUCUGAGACAUUCCACCAUCCUGACAAACCAUGUGGUAGCAAAGAUUGGCCUAACCGUGGUGCUGCGCAGCAGCAUCAUCUCACUGCCCUACCCCUUCCUGGUGAGGCAGUGGCCGUAUUGCAGAACCAAUGUCAUCCCUGAGCCGUUCUGCGUGCACAUUGCCGUGGUGAAGCUGGCCUGUGCCGACACCCGUGUGAGCAGUUACUAUGGCCUCUUUGCGCUAUUCUGUGUGUUGGGUCUGGAUGCAAUUUUUAUUGUAAUAUCCUACAUCCAGAUCCUCAGGGCCAUCUUUAGACUUCCCACCAGGGAUGCCCGGCACAAGACUUUUGGGACUUGUAGCUCACACCUCUGUGCUAUCCUAAUCUUCUACAUCCCCGGUCUCUUCUCCUCCCUGACAUACCGGUUUGGCCAGAAUGUGCCCCAGCAUUUCCAUGUUCUUAUUGGCAACGUGUACCUUCUGGUGCCCCCCAUGCUCAACCCCAUCAUCUAUGGGGUGAGGACCAGUCAGAUCUGGAAGAGCCUCUUCUGA